UUUGCUGCAGCUGUGAUAACAACGCCCAAGAGGCCAUGACAAGGCUGAAUGAUUUGGGCUACAAGAAGCGUGAUGCACCAUUGCCUAAGGCCACACCCAUCAAACAGGUAGCAACACCUGCUAAACCACCUAUUAUGGAAUUUCGCAGGCCCUCCCAAGUGGUACCACCAACCAAAGCAGAUCGGCAGAAGCUGGUGUCUCACCUUCAUGAACAGUUUCCUGCGGUGUCCCAGACGUUGCUCAACAUGGCCCUGGAGAGCAGCCAGUACAAUGAAGACAGGGCCAAGCAGUUCCUCCAGGCCAUGACUCCACAGGACAGCUUCCAAAAUUGA